AUCCGCAUUCGUUCCACUCCAAAACUUUUAUCUUUUAUAGAAUUUUUAUAUUUUUUUUACUGUACGCUAAGCAAUUUAUUACGCUGUGUGUUACUAAAAGUGAGAAACGAAACAGGUGUUUUGAUUCGGUGUUUUAUACAACUUAUAAGCAUUUGUCGUAUCAUGCUGUACACCGAGCACAUCUUACAUCCUUCAGGACAGUUCGUACAACUUGGAUAACUUAUCAUUACUUAUGGUUAGCAAACAGGCUUGCAUGCUGUGGCUACGAAUAAGUAAUAACAGUAAGCAAAACUUACUCUGGAUACAUUUUCCGCGGAGAGAUAGAUCUUGUCGAUAUCGCUUACGGAAUGAAGCGCAGCGGUGCAGUUAACAGUCCAUGUGUCCUUGCUGUCGGUUUUCUGCUCUGGACUGCGGUUGCGGAGUUUUGCUAUGGAAGCACGGAGUCAUCAACAGCGGCAGCCAAAUCUGUAGGAAAUGAUGUGAUUAGAAUGCGGAUUAUAUCCGAUCCAGUUUCCUUAGCACAUGGCGCAGUAACGAGGCACGACGAAACGGAAGAUGCUGAUGACGAAACGGAAGCGGCGCUGGAUUCAGCGAAUGACAGCCUGGUCAUGCCAGCUGCUUUCACUGGACCAGAUCAUUUUCGCCUGUACGACGGACGAUGUUACACUUUGGAAAAAUCCAAUUUUGAAUACAAAAUCUGUCCGUUUCAAAAUAUCACUCAAAGAGAGACAUCAUACGCUGUCGGACGGAAGCGGGCGACCAGGAUCAUUGGCAUUUGGUACGACUGGAUCAUCGAAGAAGGGAAUUUCGCCGGCUGGAAUAUGCAGAACGGAGAAAUGUGCGGAAAUAAGCCGCGAUCUGCAAAAGUAGAGUUCGCAUGCAACGACGACGCGGGAUUAUGGGAUGUAACUGAACCGCACCAGUGCGCAUACCAUGCCGUAUUUAAACUUCCCCAGGCUUGCUCUCCUGACGCUCUUUUGAUCUAUCCUAUGCUAUCCGAUGAAUUACAAAUAAAAUGGGAUAUUUUUGAAACUCAACGGCUGGAAGGGGACCUUACCGAAAAGGGUUUCAAUUUGCGGUUGAUGAACUUAAUGAGGCUUGCUGGAUUUGUGCAAAAUGUAACGGAAACGCCUGUUGCACUUGUUACUGGGGUUACUCCUGAAUUGACACAAUCGGCAACCGGCGCACCUAUGAUCCAACCAGAGGUCAGCCCAGGUAAUCAGAUUGUGUCCCGACGUGUCUUCGGCAGUUUGGAACAAUGCCAGAAGGAAUAUGAUAUCUUGGCGAAACGCCAUGAAGGAGAAAUGAGGAGAAGUGAAAACGAAAUAUGAACACCCCGUGGCCAUAGUCAUAUGACUGUGUGGAUUCUGCUUUUAUUCCAUAAGCCGGCCGAGCACACUUCUGCAGUUAUUUGGAUAGUUUGUGAUAGGCUUUUCUGUGAUGAUCUGAUCAGCAUUUCAUGAUGUUAGAAAGUUUAGCAGUUAAAGUUUUGAAAUAGUUUGUUAAACAAAAGUUUCAUAUGCCCUGAUGCUUGCUGCUCGUAUUAUGCUUGCGCAUUCUCUUAUUGAACUUACGAUUAAGUAAUCCUGUGGCUGCAUCUGUGAACAUUUGUCAGAAGUAAAAACCUUGCAAGGGAUCGUCUGCCUCACUGCUGAUUACUGACAUUUGAUGACUGUAGACUCUGAGUAUAGAGAAGCUCAAGAAGUCUUAUGA